CAUGACUACAUAAGCCAUGGUUUUCAUCGUAUAGUUAGAGAUGAUCAUCCAAUUCCUUCUCAUCUCCCUGCUUCGUUUCCGUUCUUGAUAAUAAACAGCCAGUUCUUUCAUGGACCAGACCUCUUCACCAGAGAACAAAGCAGUCUCAGUCCAAGUGAUGGGUCUCGACUAUCGGCACGGUAUCUCCGUGCUGGAGGCGGUGGUGUACAUUCCCACGUUCAUCGUCGCUCUAUUGGUCGUGUUCAGGCAUGGAUUCCGCAAGAGCGCUGGCUGGACCACCUUGGUGAUGUUUGCGCUGGUGCGCGUCGUCGGAUCCUUCGUUCAUCUCGCAACCCUCGCCCACCCCCUCUCGUCAGACCUUUACCUGACAUACGCCGUAUGCUUCGCCAUCGGCCUGUUCCAGCUGACCGUUUCCUGUAUCGGCCUCCUUUCUCGAGUGUGCAUACACCCCACCGCCAAUCCUGCCCCAUUUCCUAACCCCCACGGAACCCGCCUAGGUAUGUCCUAUACUGACAGUGGGAAACCCGCCCACCCAUGUCUCUUUGGACUCCUCAGCCUCGCAACCAUAGCGGCCAUGAUCCUCAGCAUCAUCGGGCAGGUGCAAAGCGCCGACGCGGAACGGCCGGCCUCCGCGAAUUCCUUGUCCCAGGCCAGCGUGGUGAUCUUCCUCGUCGUCUGGGCCGGCCUCGCUAUCUUGGUGUUCUCGAUGGCGUCCCGAAAUCGAUAUAUCAAGGCUGAAGAGCGCAGGCUUGUCCGUGCGGUUGCGCUGUCGAUGCCCUUUCUGCUGGUUCGCGUGCUCUACUCGUUUCUCGGGUCGUUUUCGCACAAUCCUGACUUCGAUUUGUUGACGGGGAGUCCGGCUGUCUUGCUGGGGAUGGCGGUUUUGGAGGAAUUUGUUAUUUGUGUGGUCUGUCUUGAGGCGGGGGUUAUGUUGGCUUAGCGGGAACGUGUAGACCACGGUGAAGAGUCUGAGGCUUUUAGAUGGGUGGGAAAUAACUGGAUGGGGGUUAUUUUAGGAUCAGAAUGGGAGCAAGACUCCUGUUAGAAGAAAGAAUA